CAUUCAGUGUAUGCAGCGCGCGCUUCCUCUUGUUAAGUUGCUGGUUAAUGUUAUCUGCACGCACUGCAGCAGAAUCUGCAGAUAAACCUGCGGUAAUUUGUCAUACUGCUUGUCUGCGUAGGACAGAAAUUUUCUCGGGAAAUUUCUUACAGUAAUAGGCUAGUUUUGCGCGAUGCAGACCGACACAGCUGCCUUGCCAGCGGUGCGAAUCCCGGUGGACAAGCCCGUUCGCCUAGUCGGGAUCAGUCACAGCAACAACAGCGGCAGCCUGAUCGACCAUGCGUCCGCUGCGGAGACGAUACACGAAGCUAUGGAGAUCGUCAGCCAGAAUGUCGCUGGGAUACUGGCUGAUUCACAGUAUUACAAGACCGGUGACUUACGGGAGGAACUGAUUGCCCUGCGGCGAGAUGUUCAAGAGUUGGGAAGAGACAGAGCCUAUGAGGAAACAAGAGAUAAUUACCACCAUCACUUCUGGAGAGCAGACCAUGAGUCAGAAAAUAAAUAUUUGAUCACCAAACUCUCUGAAAUCGCUUAUGCCUUGGUUGACCUCAAAGGCGACUGCUGCAGUGCAAGUCGAGGUCGACAGGCUCUUGAUGAAGCUUUUCUGGAAACAAUGUGCACGAAACACCUGUACGAAUUCCGGAAUUUUAGAAGGGAAAUUGCCCCGUACAUUAACACAAGCAUUGAUCGCACCAUGACGGUCCCUCGCCUGGCUGCUCCAAUCACCACUGGUCUGGAGUGGCAGGAGUUCAUGUCCCCCUUGGACAACCCAGACCGGCGUCGGCCACUACCCAAUGAGUGCACCGUGACCCGGCGAGAGACCAUCCACCCACGCACUGAGCCCCCAAAUGUCAGGGGCCACUUAUCAGGUGUGUACAUCAUCCCCAGCCAGUAUGAUGUGCCGGACUAUUCUGGGAAGCCCGGUGCUAUGAAUUCAGGCACUGAUGCAACUCUCACUGUGAUGGGCCGUUACGGAGGAAGACAGAUGUAUGAACAAUCAAUCAACAGCAGAACACGCCCCUUGCAAGUUGAGGUACAAGCCGUGUCCAGUAGAUACAAACACAAAGAUGGCUUUUGUGAAUAGAGCAGAACCACUCCACUUUACUUGGGGUGGGCCCAGGUUAGCUUGAGGCAACAGACCCCGUGCCCUAACCCUGGCAGUCCCAUUUGCAGGUUAUUCAAGACAACGUCUCAUGCCUUCAGAUCUUGGGUGAUGUCUGGCUGCUUGGUUGUGUAUGGAAAGUAUGUGGAGAUUCAAAGCCUUACUUACAUGCACAUGCAGAUGGUGCUGAGAGGGUUAUUAAGAAUGUAGAAUGGUACAUCCUUGCACUUAAAAUGUCGAUAACAUAAGACAAAUUGAUGAUUCCACUUUAAGAUUUCCAUUUUAAGGGUAAUUUUUUCAAACCUCCAUUUGUGAUGACAAAUAAAGUCCUUAGAUUAUCAAACAUUCAUGCAUAUGUAAGACUAAAAAUAAAACUUUAAGCAAUCUUUAUUUGAAAGAAUUGAAGAAUAGACAGAAGGAUACUUCAUUUUUUAUAUGUAAGUUUAUAUUCACUUUUGAAUAACUUUAAAUAUUUGUAAAUAGUCCUGUGUUCAAUUUUGGCAGAGUUGAAUGUAAAUUUGUAGGAAAAAGAAUGAGUCAUUAAAUGCAGUGAUUUUUAAUUGUCAA